UGUCCCUCCGAAUUUCUGUCUGUAAACGCUUGUAGAAACCCGUGUAUCUUCUACCUUGAACUUGUCCGAUCUCUUGCUGUGGAGCAUGGGGAUGCGUGUUAGGAACAAAGUCUAGCCUCGGAUCUCGAUAGCUGACCAUGUUCUCUGCCAGGAAGCUCUCUGGAGUUUUCAGAGCCAUCAGAUGCCAUCAUUUCAGAUCCCAUUCUGUAUCCAGACCCUCUCCAAACUUGACUUUUGUGCCAGCCAGUCUUCCUCCAGACCCUGCAAAAGUAGAGGAGCUGCAGCACUUUGUUUCUAACUCCAAGAGGCUUUUUGUCAUGACUGGGGCUGGAAUCUCAACCGAAUCGGGGAUCCCAGAUUACCGCUCGGAAGGGGUCGGGCUGUACGCCAGGACGGACAGACGGCCUGUCCAGCACGCCGAGUUCAUCCGCAGCGCCAGCGCCCGGCAGCGCUACUGGGCAAGGAACUUUGUGGGCUGGCCCCAGUUCUCCUCCUACCAGCCAAACACAGCACACCUGGUACUGAGAGACUGGGAGAAACUGGGGAAGGUACACUGGCUGGUGACCCAGAACGUGGAUGCCCUUCACACCAAAGCUGGGAGCCAGCGCAUGACAGAACUGCAUGGCUGCACACACAGGGUUUUCUGCCUGGCCUGUGGAGACCAAAUCCUGCGCUCUGAGCUGCAGGAGCACUUUGAAGCUUUGAAUCCCACCUGGAAAGCUGAAGCAUUAGGUGUGGCUCCAGAUGGGGAUGUCUUCCUGACAGAUGAGCAGGUGUGCAAUUUCCAAGUCCCAGCCUGCCGGAAGUGCGGUGGAAUCCUGAAGCCUGACGUGACAUUCUUUGGAGACACGGUGAGCCGGGAGAAGGUGAAUUUUGUGCACCAACGCCUGGCAGAAUCAGACUCCAUGCUGGUGGCAGGAUCCUCUAUGCAGGUAUACUCUGGUUACAGGUUUGCUCUUGCUGCCCAGGAGAAGCAGCUGCCCAUUGCAGUCCUUAACAUUGGGCCCACAAGGCUGGAUCACUUUGCAUCCUUAAAACUGAACUCCCGCUGUGGAGAGCUGCUGCCUUUGAUAGUGGUGCAUGACCCAAAAAGCUGAGCUGCAGCAGCUUCAGGAGUAAAAUCACUUCUGCAAGGACUCAUCAUCUGAAAAAAAGGAAAACCUGUCUAAGAGGCAGUUGAGAGAUCCAUACACAGCCCCUGAUGACACCAGGAGAGGGCAGCAAGCCUCACAUAUGUCAGCCUGACCAGUUUUCUCCAUUGAAACCAUCUCGACUUAUCAGGAAACAGGAUGAUGAAGAAAGUACUUUCCUGCCUUAGCUUGCCAUUGUAAGCAGGGCAUCUUCUUUUUAUUCACUAGGACAGGAUAAUCAGACUACCAUAUCUGAGAACAAAACACCCAUCUUAUAAGUGUCCCCUGAGAAGAAUGAGGGACAGAGAUUUUGACCAAGUAACUUGAGGCAGUGGCACAGGAGGGCAAAGUGGAAACCCACCUCAUCUGCUGGAGGAUCCAGUACUACUAGUGAGCAACUGUGGAGUGUGCAAAGAGGAACUGCAGUUGUCAUUUAAAAAGGGCAAAACAUUAGCUGAACAAGAAUACUGCUCUUGAAACUGCUCCUCUAAGAGAUUAUUUGAAAGCACAGACUAGAAGGCUGACAUCUUCCAGCAAGGAGGGGAAGUCACCAUUUCUCUCAGCUGUCAGCUGACAUUCUAAACUGCUUACUGUUAUAAUAGUCAAAAAAUAUAUAUUGUUGAGAUGCCAGAGGAGUUACUUCAAGCUAAUCUGACAGCACUGCUUUCAGUGCAGCUGCUGCAUUUUCCAAAGUG